AUGUUCCGUCAGAUAGCAAAUAAGGAUGCGGAAGCGGCUAAACCAACAGAAGAAGAAUUGAAUGAAACAGAGGAGACGAUCCCCGUGUGGCAAAAUCCUUUGCACCAUGAGGAUGAGAACAUGAAGAAACAGUUUGAAGAAGACUUUGAAGGAGAGGAAAUGCCUACCAAUCCUUUGCCUCCCUUUGAAACAGACGUGGACAAAGUCGUAGCGCCCCCUCAUGUCCACGAUCUAGCACAUGAAAUCGUCCACCUAAAUUUGUUGGAAUUGAAGGAGCUCACCAACAAGAUUGCGGACCACUUUGGAUUUGAUGAAGAAAUGAUGGCCGCAAGUUAUGGAGGUGGCGGUGGCCAAGCAGCAGCAGCCGCGCCAGUGGAAGAAGUCCAGGAAGCAAAGACGAUCUUUGACCUGAAACUGGUAGGCUUUGACGCCAAGGCGAAGAUUAAGGUCAUCAAGGAAGUUCGAUCGAUUGCAGGACUGGGGUUGAAGGAAGCUAAAGAACUCGUGGAGUCUGCGCCAAAGAUCAUACAAAAGGAUUUGAAGGCAGAAAAGGCGGAAGAGCUAAAGGCAGCGCUAGAGGCAGUUGGUGCACAGGUCGAAGUGGUGUAG